AUGUUUAGCAAUAACUUUGAAGGAGAAAUGCUACAAUCAGAAGAUCCUGAAAAAGCUCCAAGCCCCAAAGCAAAUAGCUCAAAAAGACCAAGGCAAAGGACACAAAAGUCAUUAAAACGGCAAAGACUAACUCCACAUGUAGAUUUAAAUAAAAUAACUGACCAGCUAGUGUUAAUUCCAAAUGCAAAACCACCGGGAAAAAGUUGGAUAUGGGGAUAUUUUGAUCAAUGUUUAGUUCAAGUUCAAAGAAAGAAUGGUGCAGAACCAUGUGGCCAUUUUUUGGGUUCUGAUAAUUCCACUGGCAAUUUUAUUGUUCAUCUUGCUACACAUCGAAUUACUGAAGAAAGUCAUGAGAGAAAAAUGAACGAAAUACGAAAUAAUAAUCAGGUGUCACAACCCGUAUAG